AUGGCUUUUCUACACAAGGGCAUAUCUCGACUCCAAGCUGAGAAGCGUCUGUUGCAAAAUAAGGAGGAUGGAAGUUUCCUUAUACGAGAAAGUGAAACCGUACCAGGAGCUUACGUGCUCUGUCUUCUGUGCCAAGGACGUGUCCAUAAAUAUAGGAUUCUUCCAGAUUUGGAUGGCAAACUCUCAGUCCAGUCUGAAAACAGUUUACUGGAACCUCGUUUUGUUGAUUUGCAACACCUGGUUCAGGAGUAUAUGAAACGAGGAGACAAAAAUGGCCUUGUAUGUGCAAUGAAAAAAAUUGUGGCAGCCGAACGUACAGAAAAACUGGAUGAACCUGACUCAGAUGAUGAUGAUUUUGAGGCCAAUGCAACAGACCCCAGUGCCAGGCAUAACACAGUCAGCACCCUCAGAAUGCAGUUUCUUAGGAAUUUUGCAAGAUUAGAUUUGUCCAACUUCUUUUGCCCGUAUUCUGCGUCUUCCCCUUUGCCCGUCUGCUGCGUCUUCUGUUUCUUGCCUUUUGCCCGUCUUCUGUUUCUUGCCCUUUGCCCGUCUUCUGUUUCUUGCCCUUUGCCUGUCUUCUGCGUCUUCCCCUUUGCCCGUCUUCUGCGUCUUCCCCUUUGCCCGUCUUCUGUUUCUUCCUCUUUGCCCGUCUUCUUUUUCUUCCCCUUUGUCCGUCUUCUGCGUCUUCCCCUUUGCCCGUCUUCUGCGUCUUCCCCUUUGCCCGUCUUCUGCGUCUUCCCCUUUGCCCGUCUGACAGAACCCGUCUUCUGCGCCUUCCCCUUUGUCCGUCUUCCCCUUUGCCCGUCUUCCCCUUUGCCCGUCUUCUUCUUCCCUUUGCCCGUCUUCUGUUUCUCUUCCUCUUUGCCCGUCUUCUGUUUCUUCCUCUUUGCCCGUCUUCUGUUUCUGUUUGCCCGUUUCUGUUUCUUCCCUUUGCCCGUCUUCUGCUUCUUCCUCUUUGCCCGUCUUCUGUUUCUUCCUCUUUGCCCGUCUUCUGUUUCUUCCUCUUUGCCCGUCUUCUGUUUCUUCCUCUUUGCCCGUCUUCUGUUUCUUCCUCUUUGCUCAUCUUCUGUUUCUUGCCCUUUGCCCGUCUUCUGUUUCUUCCUCUUUGCCCGUCUUCUGUUUCUUGCCCUUUGCCCGUCUUCUUUUUCUUCCACUUUGCCCGUCUUCUUUUUCUUCCUCUUUGCCCGUCUUCUGUUUCUUGCCCUUUGCCCGUCUUCUGUUUCUUGCCCUUUGCCCGUCUUCUGUUUCUUGCCCUUUGCCCGUCUUCUGCGUCUUCCCCUUUGCCCGUCUGCUGCGUCUUCCCCUUUGCCCAUCUUCUGUUUCUUGCCUUUUGCCCGUCUUCUGUUUCUUGCCCUUUGCCCGUCUUCUGUUUCUUGCCCUUUGCCGUCUUCUAUAUCUUCCCCUUUGCCCGUCUGCUGCGUCUUCCCUUUGCCGUUUCUGCAUCUUCCCUUUGCCGUUUCUGCAUCUUCCCUUUGCCCGUCUAUAUGUCUUCUGUUUCUUGCCUUUUGCCCGUCUUCUGUUUCUUGCCCUUUGCCCGUCUUCUGUUUCUUGCCCUUUGCCCGUCUUCUGCGUCUUCCCCUUUGCCCGUCUUCUGCAUCUUCUCCUUUGCCCGUCUUCUGCGUCUUCCCCUUUGCCCGUCUUCUUUUUUUCCCUUUGCCCGUCUUCUCGUCUUCCUUUGCCCGUCUUCGUCUUCUUCUUUUUCUUCUCCCUUUGCCCGUCUUCUGGGACUUCCCUUUGCCGUCUUCUCAACAAAAUCCCCUUUGCCCGUCUUCUGUGUCUUCGCUUUUCUGUUAA